AUGGUGCAUGCAUCUUGGUGGUAUUUUUUUUCUAAAUUCACGGAAUUCCUGGACACAAUAUUUUUCUUAUUGAGGAAGAAGAAUGAUCAGAUAUCAACCUUACAUGUGAUCCACCAUGGGGUCAUGCCAAUGUCCGUAUGGUUUGGUGUCAAGUAUACUCCAGGUGGUCACAGCACAUUCUUUGGAUUCAUCAAUAGUUUCGUUCAUAUAAUAAUGUACACUUAUUAUAUGUUGAGCGCCAUGGGACCUCAUAUGCAGAAAUAUCUCUGGUGGAAAAGAUACCUCACUGCAUUACAAAUGAUGAUCAGUUGGAUGAAGUUGCGUCAUUUGCUUUGA